AAUGGAGCAAGAAGACGAGAUGUGAACGAUAUAAUACAACAUGUAGCAUGCACUGAAGAAUUUAAAAUCAAAGAAAAGGACGGUAGCCAUGUCUGUGCCAAUUGUGCCAUUUACUGGCAGCAGGCAGCAAGUUUCCCCUUCACCUGGACCACAAAUGUCCUCAUCUCCAACAUUGGUGUCUUACCCUCAGAAUGACAAGAUUAUACACGACAUAUCAGAAUGUAUCGCGGAUAUGAAGUCGGACUUUGAAGACAAUCACCAGCCGAUUACAGAUGACAGUCAGCAACUACAGAGAUUCUGUGCCAAGCUGGAAUACUUGUUAAGAGCCGAUAUGAAAGAUAAAUACUCAAUGCUGGGGAAGAAGAAGGAUUACUGGGAUUAUAUUUGUGACUGUCUGGGAUCCACCAAAGGGAUCAAUGAUGGGAUUAAGUAUGUCAAAACUCUUGGAGAUUACAAGACAUCGGUAGGUAAAGGAAGAGCCUUUCUGAGGUUUUGUUUGAUGCACAACAGAAUGGCUGACAGCAUACAGGCAUGUAUCAUGAAUGGAAAAGUUACAAGUGAUUAUUUCCACCCAAAGUCAAUCUGGCUGAACCAUGACAAAAGCAGCAGCUUAAUCAGUAACCUUUAUGACCUCAGUGAACUCCAGUUUGAUUUGGCUCCAAGGGGAUAUGACCUUGACAAUGCUUGGCCAUCAUUUGCGAAGAAAACUCAACAGGGGAACCACCACUGGAAUCCACCAAGUAGAGCUGAUAGUAUGAGCAGUCUUAUCAGUAUACCAAUACAGGAUCGUCGAGGUGAGUCAUUCAGUGAAUCAUAUGAUGUAGAGAACAGUUUGAGGCAGGAGUAUGAUGACCAGAUCGAGGCUCUAGAACAGCAGAAGAAAAGUCUACAGCAAUCUGUAGUCCACUCUAAAACAGACCUCGAGGUCCUUCAGGGGCAGUAUAGUGAAAUGAAGGCACAGCACGAGGCACUUACAGCAGAAAACAAGGAACUCCAGAGGAGCUAUGAUAGGAUGUGUAUAGAAGUUGAAUCAAAGGAAACUGAAAUCACAAUGAAAGAAGAGGUUCACCAAAGAGAAAUAAAAAGUGUAGAGGAGGAUCUAAAGAAGAAAGAAGAGGUGGAGCUAUUGCUUCAGGAGAAAAUUUCUAAGCUGGAGAAAUCACAUCAGGACAGCCUUGAGAGCCACAAUUCCAAGAUCAAAGAGCUCAAGAAGAAUAAUGGGGAUCUCCAAAUGCAGGUUCGUACACUGAUGUCUGAUCUGUCCACCAGCAUAGAAAGUGAAACAAAAAAGUCAGAAUUGAUUUCUAGUCAGGACAACAAGAUAAAAACACUGGAAACUAAAAAUCAGGAACUGCUUCAGAAAGUGGAAAACAUGAUAACUACCAAAGACAGUGAGGCAUCCGCAAAGAUGGAUUCUGUCAAUCAAAUGCAGGAACUGGUAGGAAAUUUGAAAGAAGUGGAGGCUGAGAAACUGAGAUUAGAAGUCCAGUGUGAGGAAUUAAAGAAAGAGAGUGAUUCAAGGAAGCUCUGGAUUGAGAAAACCGAGAAAGAAAAGGCUGAAAGUGAGGAAAAAUGGCAAAAUAAUGUGAAUGACUUACAAAGACAGGUUAAAGAAUUAAAAGAAAGUGCAUCUUUGGAAAGAGAAAAUAAUGAACAAAGGGUAAAGGAAUUAGGUGAUAAAUUGAGUGAUUUUGUGACUAAAUUUGAUGGUGCUGUAGAAAAACUUAAGAUAUUAGAAUAUGAAAAGGCUGGUUUGGACUCUGAAUUAAUUAAGAAAAAUUCCUCUCUGGAAGAGAAGGAGAAACAGGUAUCUGAACUUAACAAUCAAGCUGAACAAAUGAAAAAUGAACAUGACUCAAAAAUAGCCAACCUCAGUGAAAAAAUUAAGAUUCAAACAGACAUUGUUAAGGAAAAAGAUGAACAGUUAGAUGAAAAUUGUUCUAAAAUAUCAGGUUUGGAAUCAUCAUUACAGGACAAAUCAGACAUCUGUUUAAAAUUAAAUGAAAAAGUAUCACAGCUUUCUCAUGAAAAAGAUGAUUUUGAACAAGUUUGUGCUAAUCUAAGGACAGAACUAAAGCAUGCCAAUGAUAAGAAUGAACUGGUCAGUAAUUCAAAGGAAGAAAAUCAGAGGCUUGUGGAGGAAAAAUUACAGGUUAUUGAGGAAAAGGAUAAAAUGAUAGAGAGUAUGCUGCAUUCAGUGAAAUGGGUUAUAUCAGAGGAUGGAGAAAAUCAGCUAGGGAAGGCCCCAUCUGUUGAUGGAAAUCCUGAAUUUUCUUCUGUGAUUGGAACAUUAUGUGAACAAAUAAAUUCAGUAAAAUGUCAGUUAAGUGAAGUUCUAUCUGAAAAAUCAACUGUUCAAAAUAAAUUGACUGAAAGCAAUCAGACCCUAAAAAUCCACAAUGCUCAAAUAUCUAAACUACAGGAGGAAAAACUUAGUUUACAGGGGGUUAUUGAAACCUCAAAGAGUCAGCAAGAUGAUCUUCAACAGAAAAUAUUAGAGAAGGAUAGGACUUUGUCAGAAAUGGAAAACAGAAUUAGAGAUUUACAGCAGAGACUAGGGGAAUCUGAAACUACACUUCAGAAAACGAUAACAAAAUGUGAUGAAUAUAAUGCUCAGAACAUCAAAUUACAAGAGGAAAUUGUAUUAAAAAGUAGUGAUAUAACUGCUUUAAAAGAACAAUCUUCAAAGACUGAAGCAGAGCUGCAGCAAAGCUGUAAAACCAAUGUAGAUAAUAUUGAAAGUAAAAAAGCUUUAGAGGAGAAAAUUCAGCAACAGGAAAAGGUUGUGUCCUCCCAGUCAGAAAAAAUAAGGGAAUUACAAAGCAGUAAGGCAGCAUUAGAAGAAUGUGUGAAAAGACAUGAAAAUGAGGCUAGGCAGUGGAAGGAAAAGUAUGAUGUAACAUCAACUGAACACGGACAACAGUCCAAGAAAAUGGAGAAACUCCUGGAGAGAAAUAAGGAACUUCAAAGAGGUACUGAGGAACUGCAGAAAGAAAAAUCUCAACUAGAAGAGAAGAAGAAGGCGGUGCAGACAAAGCUGUUUGACUUGGAACGUGAAUUCUCACUGGUUCAAGAUGAAAAGAAGAAACAGAAUAAAGAACAUAAGACAGUUUUAGAUCAGAUGGAGAGUGAGAGGACAGACCUGAAUGUGAAGCUAGAAGAGGCUCUUAGUGAACUUCAUACCUUCAAAGAACAGCUGAAUGACACUUCAUCAGAAUUAGAAACCGUGUAUAGUGAAAAAGAGAAAACAGAAACUGAAAAACUCGAGUUAGAACAGCAGUUAGAUAAGUUAAGAGAAGAGUUUGGACAAAGUGAAAUACAAAGAGAAGGCGCUGAACAUGAUCUUAGGAAUAUUCAAGAGGAAAGUAGAAAACUUAUGGAAGAAAAGGAGAAAUUACUAGAGGAUAUGGAAAAAUUGCAGCUGGAAAAUUCAGAACUUGCACAAAAAAUGGAAAAGCUCAGUGAAUCAGAGGAGUUGCAACAAAGUAAAAAUUGUGAUUUACACAAAAAACUGAGUGAAUUGGAAGAGGAACUGAAAAGAAACAACAGUGAAUGGGAAGGUGAAAAACAGGAAGUAGAGAAUAAGAUUCAAGCACUGGGUAAAACGGUUUCUGAGAUGGAAGUAGAACGGAACUCUCUGCAGGACAAAGUUAAGGAUCUAGAAAGUGAAUUAAGUGACACAUCUCAGAGAAUAGAACAAUUAGAACACUCCUUAGAGGAAGCCAUGUUAGAAAAUCAGACAAUGAAGCAAUGUAAGGAAGAAGACACAGAAGCACAAACAAAACUAAACUCAGAGAUUGAGACCAUGAAGCAGGAAAUCACAGCUCUUAACUUCCAGUUAAGCUCUGAUCAAAUUGAGCAUGAGAAAUCAUUACAGAGCAAUGCUGCCAAAGAAGCUGAUCUAAAGAGCUUUGAGGAAAAACUUCAAGAGAAAGAUGUAAAGGUGCAGGCCUUAGAGAAGGAACUAAUGACACUGAAGAGGGACAGGGAAACAGAAAGUGAAAGUAGCAGGAAGCAGCUUGACGACCUGAAGUCUAAGUUGAUAACAAUGGAAAAGGAAAAAGAGGCACUAGCUGAAGAAUUAGCUGAGAAAAGAAAAGAUUUAGAAACAAAAGAGAAAACAUGUGUUCAGUUAAGGAAAAAAGAAGAAGAAAAGAAUGAUAAACUUAAAUCUAUAGAAGAAUCUAAGGACAAAGAAAUAUCACAGCUGAAGAGUGACAUGAAACAGUUAAAAAAGAAAAUUGUACAACUUACAAAAGAGAAAGAUACUCUUUGGCAGCAGACAGAUCGACUUACUUACGAACAGAAAAUGCAGUCAUCCGCAAAGUGGAUGGAUGAGAAAACAGUCACGAAAUGCCUGGGCUGUAAACAAGAAUUCACGUUCAUGGUUAGAAAGCACCACUGUAGGUUAUGUGGAGGAGUCUUCUGUCACAACUGCAGUAACAAUUAUGUGGACUCUACUUAUAGCAGCAAGAAGUCCCGAGCCUGUAAUCUGUGUUACCAGAAAUACACAAAGUCUGAUGCUCUGAGUUCCUCGAUGAUCAGCCGGCUGCAGGAGGAUGAAGGACUCGAGGACUCAAGUGAGGAGGAGCAAACCUCAACUAAACUCCUCAGUAGUCAUCAGAAUGUAGAUGCAGGAAUUCCUGUGCCUAACAUAGACAGUGCUAGUAAGAACCAGAAUGAAACAAUAACAGAUGCAGCCCAACCCCAACCAGUCCUAACAAAUCCUCCCCAGAAAACCUCCACUCCAAUCAAAGGCUCUGAUGUUCAAACAGCUGCUUCAGCAGUUCCUGAAGGUGAUCCACAGGAUAGCAGAAGAGUGGAACCAGAUGAGGUCAUGAUACCAGGUCAAGUGGCUGCCAAUAUAUCAAUCUCUGUUGUCGGACAAAAUGAAACAGAUGAGAUCAAAAGGGUCAAAAAAGGAAGUGUUGGGGAUGGAAGUGAAGGUCUGUCUAAGGAUGAGAUCUUCCACCUGGUGAGUGAUGAGGAAGUGGCCCGAUCCCAGAGUGUUUCCUCCUCAGAAUUCCAGUAUCAGGAUCCAGAUCCCAAUGUCACAACUGGCAUAACCAUAAAGGCAGAAGAACUGGAAAAAGGGGAAGUGAACAAUUCCAGUGAAUUCUGGGUAAAGGCUGGAAAAAGUCAUGCCAUACCUGUAGUCAUUGACAAACAGAAUACCGUACUAUGCUGGGAAUUUAGAUCUCAUCCUAAGGAUGUGAUAUUUAGUGUAACAUAUGUGGAGUUUGAUAGACCAGACCCUGCCAUCACUCAUUGCCUGGUACCAGCAUGUAAGUGUGACUCUCAUAAACAGGCUGUUCGUGGGGAACUAACAGCCAAACAGACAGGGAUCUACACAUUGUUGUUUGAUAACACCUACUCACGGAUAACUGCCAAAAAAAUAUGUUACUCCUUGUGGACUAGGCAUCUUGGAGACUGAAAUUAUCCUCUAGCGUUGUUAGAAUUAUUUACCUAAGUAUUCAUAGUUCUUGACAUAAGAUAAACAAAUUUUUAUUAUUUUAUUUAUAUUACUACCCAUUUGUGAUAAUUGUAUUUUGAUUAAAGAAUACAUUGUAUUGGGAAUUUUAAUUUAAAUAAUUUUAAUCUUCAAAUACAAGAAUGUACACAGUGUACUUUUAAUAGAAGAUAUUUAUUUGUUCAUACAUAUUAA